UCGUAAUCACUGGGGCGCUGGUCUCCAUUCUUCAUGAUCUAGCCUUUUGACGAUGAAUUGUUGCAAAAAAGUGCGCAACCAACUAUUUUUAUUUAAAAAAAACAUACAAUCGACGAAACGUUACAUCAACACAAUGAUACAUCCACUAAUUGCAGUAUGCCAAAUGCGAUCAAUAGCUGACAAAAUGAAAAAUCUGGAGGUUGUGAGCGAAUUAACAGCUGAGGCCAAACGCAGAUCAGCCACAAUAGCAUUUUUUCCUGAAGCUUGCGAUUAUUUGGCAGAUAAUAAAAAGGAUAUUGUCACCAUGGCUGAACCUUUGACUGGACUUACAGUGACGUCUUAUAAAGAGAUUGCUAUUAAGAAUAAUAUCUGGUUAUCCUUAGGUGGAAUUCACGAAGCUUCAGAUAACGUGGAAAAGAUUUACAAUACGCAUAUAUUAAUAAAUAAUGAAGGGGAACUAAUUGCUGCAUAUAGAAAGUUACACUUGUUUGACAUGGAUAAUAAGGAUACCGGAGUACGCCUGAUGGAAUCGGACUAUGUGCAUAAAGGAAUUGAAAUUGUGCCACCUGUACCCACACCAAUCGGCAAGCUCGCGCUUAGUAUUUGUUACGACAUGCGAUUUCCUGAGUUAUCGCUAACAUUGCGGAAUAUGGGAGCGCAGAUUCUCACGUAUCCAUCAGCAUUCACAUAUGAAACUGGCGCUGCACACUGGGAAGUGAUGCUGCGAGCACGAGCCAUAGAAAAUCAGUGUUAUGUCAUAGCUGCAGCACAAACUGGCGCGCACAACAAAAAAAGAGUGAGCUGGGGUCAUGCCAUGAUUGUGGAUCCUUGGGGUGCUAUUGUAGCACAAUGUGCAGAUAAAACGGGUAUAGCUAUGGGAGAAAUUGAUCUUGCACUACUGGAAAAAAUUAGGAAAAAUAUGCCGUGCGAGGAACACCGCCGUACUGAUAUAUACUCAAGAAUGGAAUGUCGAAAGUCCACUUAACACGGUUAAAGUUGUUAAACUACUUAACCCCCGUCCUGACGGAGUGUGUUUACAACUCCAUUAUGAAGUUUGAUGGAAAUGAUCAACUACUGGAGUGGGUUAAAUAUGACGGUGCUAAACAUAUGCUAGAGGUGGUAGUGGGGAUGAAUGUCUCUCAUAUAUAGGACUCUACAGCGGCUAGGAGCAUGUUGGAGCUUGCGACGCGAACAGACUUUUUAUAUAGGCUCUACGCACAAUAGAAGGAAUAACGAAUUAGGGAUAAAGAAUAACGAUUUUAACCUAUCAGAAAUCGAUUACAUCGGAAUACAUGGUUUCUGAUAGGUUGAAAUCAUUAUUCCUUAUUACUAAUUCCUUAUUCCUGUUAUUGUGCGCAACCCCAUAGUUAAACUGGUGUGACCACCGACGAGAUACUAUUAAAGACCGUCAAUCCUGAGCAAAUUUUCGGCAGUAUAAAAAGGGCUUCUGUAAUUAAGCAAUUCAACAUAUCCUGCAUUUUUAUAUUAGUACGACCUUACUCUAUCACUACAUGAAGAAUUUGUUGCCAAAUAUUUACUUAUUAAAUAAUAAACAAGGUUUAAAGGCUCAUCUCUAUGAAACUUGAAAACAUCCAAAUUAUAAAAUCUUUUUUUACGACUACAGGCAUGAUCUAAUAUUGAAUUUUCUACUAAAUAGUUUUCAAUCCAAGAGCAAUAAAUUCAUGGUGGAACCAAUAGAUAUAUAGCGUUUAUUAGUUUAGCAGAAACACCGCUAUCUCAUAUUAAGCGCUUAUCUCAUAAUAGAGGGCUUUCCUGU